GAGCAUCUAUGAAAUGCUUCAUGAUGUUCCGUCACGGAUAGAGAACGGUGUCUAGGAUUCGCGCACUGCAUCUGCGAACCGGUCGGAGUUAUGCAUGCUUACUUUCGCACUGUGUCAAAGCCGAUAUUCACCUAUGCUGAGUAUAGUCUGUUUCACUCUGCAGUUGAACCCGAGCAGGUGCCCGCUUGGAUACUUCUACAGGUGGGAAAACCGUGCUGUGGCACAUCGGGGGCUCAAGACAUGCAGGUCUACAUCACUGCAACGAGCCGAAACUACCGACCAGGGGCUACUAGAUGCAGCAGCCUAUCCGGUUACCGGUCCGUAGCAGCCACUUCGACCUUGCGCUCGCUCGGCAUAACGGAUAGCUGGAUGCGAUUGGGUACUAACCAGCUGUCAUGGAUCCGGAUUCGAGCUCAUGUUGAUUGGGAGCGCCGGUAGGCUCGUGGGCUCGGUAAUGGACGCGAUACUGGUCUGGUAGGCACAUAAAGUAGACAGGUAUAUUGUGCAAAAACGUCUUGUUUUAGUUACCUCGUACACAUUGCCUACCAUGAUCUGAGCAUUCGAGCAAUAGAAAUAUCCAAAAAUCACUUGAAUACA